UUACUCCCCCACCUCUCUCCUCUCACUCAUAUCGCGUCGGUUGUGAGAAGGCUUUGAGAACAUACACUAUUCCGCGGGAGGUCGCCGUGUAUAGCUACGGGGAAAAACAGCGCCACUGAUACACAAGUGCAUUAUUAUACGACUAUAGGGACUGCACUAUUUUGAUUCAGUCCACUUUGCAUCGCGGCUGGCUUUUCCUGCGUUUUGGCUUCCGCUACUUCGACUCGUUGAAUCUCAGGAUUUAUUUUUUCGUGGAAAAUUACUGUUGGAGGCAAUAUUUUGCAAUAAGGAGAUAUCCAGCCUGUGUUUGUAUGCCUGGCAUCAUUGAGUACAUCGCAGGGUCGCAUUGUGCAGAAUGAAUUAAAUCUGCGUACUAUUCGACUCACUGUGAUGUACACUGCACCCACCGACAGAAACUAAACCGUUUAAGGGCUAGCAAAUGGAAUGAAUCCCCAAACGAAUGGUGCAAACCCAGGGACAACGGCAACCCAAGCUCAAAUGGAGGCUGGAAGUGUCGUGAGACCCCGCCCUCCGGUGCCUAAACCAGCACCGCCACCACCACCGCCGGCUUCUACUGCCAUUACCCAACAGGCAGCACGCCGUAAACUAACACGACCUCCCCGCCUAGAAAGUGUGUCCGAGAGUGAGAAUAGCGACAAGUCUUACGUUGACUCCCCAGCGAGCUCCGAUUCCUUCGGCAUCAAGUCCUACUUGCAUAAGUUCUACGAGGAGGAUCCAGCCUUCAAGGACCGUGAUGACAUCUACUGCGAGGAUGAGGAGCAUCCGCUUGUUGAUCUUGCAGCAAGGAAGCGACGUCGACUCGGUGCGUGCUGCUCUACCGUGUGGUGGAAGGCUGGUGCUUGGGUUGGCCUUAAUAUUCUCAUCUUAGCUAUCCUAGCUCUUAUCGUGGGCUACUUCAUCAAUCCACAUCAAGAGAUUUUGGGAUACAAUGACGAUGUUCCAGUAGUUGACGAGGAGGCUCGUCUGUUCAAUCGAAAACUUGAUUCAGCGAAGUUAGCGGGUCUGAUCAUGAUGUGUAUCGGGGGGUUAGUCAUAGCUAUUUCUCUCCUCAUACCGAGCUUUUCGUUUGCUACUGAUGAUGAGGAGUACUGCCGAGAUGAGAUAAGAGUUGAUGCCGAGAAUACAUUCCCACCUUUUAUGCCUGUUGCUACCCAGCAAGAAUCAGCAGACGACGGAAUACCGUACACAUCGGCGGUAACCAAUGUACAACCAGAGCGAGUUAAAGGCGAGUCGGUUGUAGCAGGAAAGGGCAUUGUUAGCGUUCAAAACUGAACCACAUUCCAAAAAACAACGCACAGAUUUCAACCCGAGGAACAUUUAUUCCUACUAGACUAGAAGGUCAGCCUAUAGUGUCGAACAUGUUUCGCUACAAGUGGCGUCUUCACUUCAACGAACGUCUUGAAUUGCCUAAAACCACCACGUAAAUGCAAUGAACUCAAGGGUUAAAACAAAACAAAUAGAUGAGGCAAAUUACGGUCAUUAUUGUGAGUGCGCCAUAUUUGAGUUUAGGUUACUACAACACCCCGUUGUUGUAAUUUUCCCUGGACUCAUCUCUAACAGCCUUUAACGAUUAAAACAAAAACGUGUGUUUUUUAACAAAAAAGGUGUGCUUUAAAACAAGGCAGUUCCAGGUUCAGCAUUCGUUUGAUAACUUUAAACAUCAUAAUCAAUGUGUUGCUGCCAAGUAGUGUAUGAGUCGAAUCUUUACAGAACUAAAGCUAAUGGAACCUUCCCAUCAAAUAUGUUAAUUACAUCCACGCAUGCGUAUAGACCCUUAUCGCUUGUGUACAUUAGCUGUGUACAAAACAGCGCGAUGUUC